CGGGGGCGGGCUGAGGGCCGGCCCAGGGGCAGGCCGGCCGUGGAGGCGGAGCGGCCCCGCUCCUCAUUAAGGGCGGUGGCGGCCGGCGCUGCCUGACGGCCGGGGAGGGCCAAGACAUGGAGGGGGCGAGGGGCUACGUGGGCUCGGCGGUGCGAUCUUUGGUAUCCAUGGGAGCAUCUGUGGGAGCAGUAACAAAACAGACCCUGUUCCCUCCUCUCAUGCCUGCAGGGCGACCUUUCCGUGUGUCAAAUGCCUCCAGGAGCAGCCGGAAAGGAAUUGUUGCGAGCAGCCUGAAAGAGCUCAUCAGCAAGACUUUAGAAGCCUUCCUUAUCACCACUGGAGUAGUUACUCUGGUUUUGGAAGAAGAUGGCACGGUUGUGGACACAGAAGAGUUCUUUCAGUCCCUGGAUGAUAACACACACUUCGUGGUUCUACAAAAGGGACAGAAAUGGACACAAACAAGAAAUGGAGUCGUCCCUGCAAAGCAAAAGAAGAAAAUGGGAGUAGCUAACAUCACAUUUGAUCUGUACAAGCUGAACCCUAAGGAUUUUAUUGGCUGCUUAAAUGUGAAGGCAACCUUCUAUGAGAUCUACUCUGUGUCAUAUGACAUCAAGUGUAUGGCAGCAAAAAAUGUACUGCGGAAGGUGCUUCAGCUGAUGUCCCACGCGGCACAAAUAACUGGACAGUUUCUGCUCUAUACUGGAACAUACAUGUUGCAGCUGAUGGAUGAAUAUGAUGAAGACGGCGCCUGUGCAAGAACACAGCACAAGCAAUAACCACAGCUGCACUCCUGAUAUUGGAUCCUUUUGCCUAAAGACAUUCCCUUGCCCAAGUUUGAUUGUAAUGAUGUUAUAGUGGGGAGAUGUCCACUGAGGUGAACUAACAGUUUUCCCGUUUGGGCCUUAGUCAUAAAGUGUUCGGUGUUCAUAGGCUCUUAGCACAGCAAAAGGGUGGGUGCCUGAUGUCUGAGAACUGGGCAAAGGAAGAGAGGGCAAGUUUUUACCCCAGCAAUUCAAUAGGAAAUAAGAACACUUAGAAAUAUGCAUGCUUUGUAACCACUGGAUCCUUCUCUUGCACUGAUCAAAACAUGGUUGUUUUUUUCAUGGCUGUCCACUUGCCUUCUGAGCAGACAGGGCUGUGGUUGGUUUUGGUUUUAAUCCUUAACACUGCUGGUGUUGGUGCCCAGCUGGCACUGAGGUACAAAAGGGUGAAAUGUACUUAUUUACUACUUCUAAUGAUGGAAAUACAUAGUACAGCUGAAUCCUGGUUCAGUGACUGACUAAUCUCAUGAAUUUUAAGUGGAGAAAGUGCAACUACUAUACAGAAGCUUAAAACUUAGCCUUUCUUCCCUUAAAACAAGUUUUAAAAAAUCAAGUAACUCUUUGUUUUUCUUCAAAUAUACAGAAAGUUCUGGUGAGUAUAGCUCAUACCACUUGAAGAACAAUCAUUUCUUUAAUGUGUUCGAUGUCCCACUCUGCUUAAAGUAUUGAAUACCUUGCCAUAGUUUUAUGCACAUGGCUUAAAGGAAACCUGAAGCUGCUUUCAGGUGUUGACCUUCACUUCUGUAAUUUUUGCUCUUCAGCUACAAGAUGACACUACAUCCUAAGCUGUACUUAAAGUGCGUGUGAUGUGAAUCUGGAAGAGGCAUUAGAUUUUAACGUCCCUGCAUUCAGGGGAGAGGAGUGGGACACUGCUGUGUAACAUGUAUAUGCUCUAAACUGGGUAUUUGCAAUCUGACAGUCUCCCAAGACAAGUUGUAUUAAAAGGGCAAAGUUUUUAAUUUUUAGAUAGAGUUGUCCAGAAAGUUUUUAACAGCUUUGUGAACAGCUAAUAUGACAGGUUCCAGUAAGGGUCUCCUUAACAGUAAGACAAACCAGAAAACAAGCAGUGGUGUAGGCAUCUUGUGUCAAAAUUCAAACUCAGCCUGUUGUUGAUGGGGAAAAGUCUGACUUCUGUUGUUCACAGGUGUGGCUUUUGAGAUUUUCAUUUGCUUUCUUAUGUUGAAUUUUAAUAAAUUAUUUUCUUGCUUAAGACUGAAAGCUGUUAAAGAGAUGACAGACACAGGUAAAUGUCUGACCUGACAGCAGGUGCCACCCAGGCAAUGAGAGGGUGAACAAGUGGGAUGGAGGAAGAAAGUAGUGGGAGCAAAAAGGAAAGAGACCAACGUGGGCCCCAAGGUCCUUGCUGUGCUUCUGCUGAGACAACAAUCCUUUAACCACGUGCAUCAAGUGCGCCGAUAAGGUGAAGGAAAACCUGAUGUGCAAAAAGAGGAACAGAUGGGCUGAGAAGACCAAGCAUCAUGGUUACUGGUAUCCAUUCUGAUCUGUCAGCUGAACCUGUUCCCUUCAAAUGUUACCUACACAUGGGAAUAUUGCUUUCUUGUUUAUCUGCAAACUUCAGCUUCAUGAAGUUGAAGGAUUUUUGCCUUCCCUUUAUGGAUCUGACUUAGCCAGCUGGAGCUGCAUCUUUCAAAUAACCGCUGUAGUGAAAAGCAGCCUAAAAUCAAUCUUAAAGGAACUGACAGACCCAAGUUUUCUAGCGUCUGCCUUUUCACUAAUGGUAUUACAGAUAAGUAGACAGCUAAGAAGAAACUUAAUGAGAAAAAGGUUAUGUUAAAAUGGAGACUUUAGACUUUAUCUGUGUUGUUCUUGCUCACCACCUCCCUCUACCUCCCCCCAAGUGAUACCAUGAUAACUGAUGGCCCGCGUCUUUCUAACCUCAGUUCUCCCUAAGGAAUUGCAUUUAGCUGAUUCAGUGCAAGGACUUUGUCAUUAAUUCUUCCAGCUUUUAAGAACCAUUUAUUCCAUUAAAAUAAGACCAUUUAUUGAAAGUAAACUACAUGUAAUGCUUCUAAUAAUAUAUAGGUUGCUAAUAGUGGAAGCACCAAUGUAAAGAAAAAGCAAACAGAACUUGCAUAGUUCAAUAUUGCAUUAAUUAGUGUGAAUUGCAUCUUCCACAUAUGUAAUACAAAAGCAUCUGCAAGUCUGAAGUGUGCAGAUACCAAAUGCCUCCCAUCUACAGCCAGAGGCAGUUAUCACAGAACUAACACACUCCAUAGUUCCCAGUGGUAUUGCUGUAGAACUGAACAUGGUCUAAAAGGCUAACUCAGUAUGAAUUUGAAAUGUUUUUAAGCAGAUGCUUGUUUGGCAGCCUCGCUUAAAACAAGCUGCUGAAGGUCAUGUGAGCUGCAAAGUCUCCAUCUCAGAGCAUCUCUCUGUAGUUCAAAAUGCAAACAGCUGAACAAAAUAACUCAGCUUUGAUAUUUUCUCAGGCUGAAGAGAAGUGUCUUGGAAAUUUUCGAGAAUGUGAAAUUGUUCCAUUGCUUCUGAAUCUGGGGUUUGCUACAGAUUUAGUGCUAGGAAGAUACUUGCUGCUAUACCGACUUCUUUCCAGAGAAGCUUUUGGCUUUGGGUCAAACCAGAGGAGUUCAUGAUUUUCUGAGCUGGAGCCAGUUUGCUUUUUACAGCCUUCUGAAGAUGCGUAGCUUUUACUUCAGCAGUAUGUGGUACACAGCAGAGAACUUCAGCAUUAUCUAGCUUUCAGAAAACUCUGUGAGUGGCAUGCAGUAUGUAGUGAGACAAAAUCUAAAAGCACAGGCUCCUAACUGCAGGUAUGUAGAAAUGAAACCAGCUUUUCUACUUCAAAUUUUUAGUUUUUAUUUUUUCACACUAUAGGCUCAGUUAAUCUGCACUUGCUCCUCUUGCAGUCCAGGCUGGUAGCACUGAAAUUUCAAAGGUGUGAAACAUGUUUACUCCCUCCUUGCUUGCCCUGUCCCUUUCUGCCUGUUGCUUUGCAUCACUUGCUAACAAUGCACCAAGUCGUGCUCUGCAGUUACCAAAAAAGGAAUUUUCACUGAAGUACUGGAUCUUGUUGACUCAGGCACUGUUCAUGUUCUGCCGGCAAAACAAAGUUGCUCUCUCCAUGCCUAGAAUGAAGAAUCUGGUAGCUUUUGUGUGUGUAGCUUACUUCAUUUCCUUCCUUUCAUCAACCCAUGAAGUUGCUGCUUUCUUGCACCUUCCUAUUCUUUCAGGAAAAACAGGAUUACAAGAUUUUCUGCCUAGGGGAGAGGAUAAGGCAGUGUCUAAAUUCUUUAGACCCUUAGGAAUAUUCACUAGGAAACAUCCCGAAUCCCUUCUCUGUAGGGAGGGAAGGGGUUAAAGAAAGGAAAACAGGACUUUGGGCUGGAAGCUUUUUCAGCACAGUAAGUAGAGAGGUAGGCGUUAACAAUGUAGGAAAUGUUGAUAAUUCUGAAUAUGAACUGUGAAGAUAACUGCAUAGGGCUAUGUGUAACUGACUAGCACUAUAGCUAAAUCAUUUCAGCGUACUUCUUCCACAGACAGCACUUGAACUAAAGGCGUAAGCUUCUUUAAUUAAAAACAUUUAAAACCAAAGCACAAAGUAUAUUUUGAACUUAAUGCCUCAAGCUUUACUGGAGGUAUUAAUGUAAUUAUCAAUCCAUUUUAGUUACAUGCUAGUAAUUAUCCUUGUAGGGUUUAGCAUAUAUCACUCUGCUUUCUGUACCUUACCUUGCCAUAAGAUAUUUAUAAACCACGAGGGCUGCUGUUUUUCUGAGGGAAAAGAGGGUAUUUUACCUUUUCAGAACUUUUGAACCCAGUAGUUACAACUUGCUAUGAAAACUGAGAUGAGUGAGAAUGAUACUGUCAGUGAUGGCAAUAUUUUCUGAUACGUGGUGCCAAUUUUAAGGAACACUUCAAUGUCUAUGAAUAAAUUUGAAUGGUGGCUUUGGA